CCCUAUGAGCACCUCCGAGAGACUGAGCCGACAUGUCAUCUUGAAAUUUACGAAGUCACCGUAGGCGCCUCGUCGUCGACGGGAACGUCUCGUCCCACUGAAAGCACAUCGCUGAAAAUCCUGAAAUAAAUCCAGGAAUAAGCGAGCACCAGGACUUGAGCCCUCGUGGGCUGGGAUACCACAGUCCCUCUAACCAUCCACUCACAGGUUGCUUCGCAUUGAGACGGAGAUUUGCUACACCUACGAACAAAUCAUACAGGAUCAUGGUUAUGGAAUGAGAUGGCAACACUUGGGGAGUAAGUGGGCCCACCCAUGAGAUUCAAGGGGCGGAUUAGUGGGAGUUCGGCCGGGCUGGGCCUAACAAAGCCCGAAACAGAUAACCUAGGCCUGGGCACGGCCUGGCCGCCAGGCCUAGUUUUCAGGCUCGAGCUCGGCCGAUCAGUCAAAAAGCCCAUCGGGCCUAGUUUCCAAGACCAAGCCCGACCCGUCAGUCAAAAAACCCAUCAGGCCUUGAACCGGGCCUCUUCCUUAAAUUACAAAUAUGACGAGCCCAAUCCUGCCGUUGCCCGACCUAUGGCUGAAAAACUAGGCCCAGGCCCAGCCCGUGGGCAAGGUCGGGCCGGGCUGUAGAUGGCCAGAUAUAGUCCGACAGGCCAAACGGGAGGCCAUCGGCGGCGUUGUCGCCGGCGUGAGGCUUCCGUGCCGGACCAGCUGGCCCUAGCCCGACGCCGACGCGGCCCGAUGCACGUCGAGCUGGCCUGAAUCAGCCCAGCUCCCAGCACUUUCCACUCUCUAGUCUACUCUAAUCUAGAAUGAAAAAAAAAGGACAAAGGGGAUGAGCCCCUUUCGGAAAGCAAGAGUCGAUUCGGCAUUCGGGCAUCCCUGCCGUGCCUUCACCCAGCAGCAAAGCAACCAAGGUAAACCAAACCAGAGCACCGCCGCCCGCAGCCGCAGGCAGAACCCCCCGCCCCCAAAAUUACCACCUUGGAAUCGAGCAUCCGCGCCCCAUCUAUGGCGGAUCAGGAGGCCGCCGAGCCGGGCCCGCCGUCGUGGCCCCCCUGGACCUCCCUCCUGCUCCGGGCCAUGAGCAAGCGCCGCACCUGGGCGGCGCUCUUCCUCGCCGUCUACGCCGCGCUGCUCUCCUCCUCCUGGAGCCUGCUGGCGUCCGUGCGCGCCUGGUACUACGCCGCGGCCGCGGGCUCGGCGGCGCACCCGGCCGCGUGGCCCGCCGCGCUCUACGCCUCCGUCAUGUACGGCGCCGUCUUCGGGCUGCUCUCCAUGGGCGCCGCGCUGGCCGUCGCCGCGCCCGCCAUGCUGGUCACCUGGAUCACCGUGCUCGUGCUGCUGGCGUUCGCGGGCAAGCCCCGGCGGUCGCUGGUCGCCGAGGCGCGCCGCGCCACGGCCGACAUCGCGCGGCUCGCGCUCCGCGUGCUGCUCUGCGAGGGCAACGCCGUCGCCGCCGUCUGCGCCGCCGCCAGCUUCGCCGCCCUCCUCUUCGGCCGCCGCGACGACGCCGACGCCGAGCGGCGGCUGAUCUGAAAGCUUUUCGAGUUCCUUUCACGCCCUUUUAUUUGUUUCUUCUGUUGCUAAUUUCAUUUGUAGUCUGCAUACCAACAGUUUGGGGGUUUCAUUCUUGGCAAUGGAAGUUCUUGUUUCUGUAA